CAUGGAUUCCAACCUGGUCAUUUGGAAGAAAAUUUGAAUUUCAAAAAAAUCUUGAAAGAAUACCAGAACAAAAUUUUGCAUUAUUAAUUGGCAUUUUUGGUGCAGCACCUUGUGCUCCAAUUUUAAUUGAUAUCAGACAAAUUGAACAUUUUCUUCCUGAUGGAUGGCUAAAGACAGAAUGGAGAAAAUGUUAUGAUGAUGCAAUGAAAAAUUUGGGAGAACAAAAAAAAUUGAAAUUUGAAGGACAUCAUGCAGUCCCAGCAUCAAAUAACAAAAACUUUUUAUAUCACUUGCACCCACCACCAUAUAAAUUAGGAGUGGCAAAUUCACCUGAUUUACAUUUGAUAGAUUCUGGUGCAUCCAAUGACCUGCCAUUAUAUCCAUUAACACAUCCAAAUCGUGAUGUUGAUAUAAUAAUAGGAUUUGAUUGUUCAAGUCAAAUAAAUAAACAUGAAUAUUUUGAAGAGGAACAAAAAAUUUUUACUGAAAGAAGAGGUAUCAACAGUGUACCUGUAGAUGUUGAUAGUAGUAAAUAUUGUGAGAUUUAUGAUUAUCAAGCAAAUGGUAUUUCUGGUGACGGGUUUACACCCGUGUUCAGGAAGGAUUCUU